CCAUCAAUACACACAGACACACAAAACAUCAAAAAAAAAAUGGAGGACAAUAAUCCACCAACCCCCACAAAACCAAGAGUAGUGAUUUGUGUAGGUGACAUCCAUGGGCAUAUAGAAAAGCUUCAAAAUUUAUGGUCAAAUCUUGAAUCUUGUAUUGAACCAUCUGAUUUUGAGACUGCCCUUAUCAUUUUCUUGGGUGAUUACUGUGAUAGAGGUCCAAAUACUAGUAAAGUUCUUGACUUUUUCAUUGCUUUGCCCUCAAAGUAUCCUAAACAAUCCCAUGUUUUCCUGUGUGGGAAUCAUGAUUUUGCAUUUGGGGCAUUCUUGGGUGUGCUUCCUAGUCCACCUGAUGGAACUGAGUUUUGUCAGACAUGGAAAGAGUAUGAAAUGAAUGAGGAAAGAGAAGGGUGGUAUAAAGGUGAAGGCUUUGAGAAUAUGCAUUUGCAAGGGAGGAGAUGGGCUGGGAAUCAUAGUGUUAAGUUUGAUGCUGUAAAGGGUAUUGAUUAUAAAGGGUCUAUUUAUGAUGCUGCUCCUACUUUUGAGUCUUAUGGUGUUCCUCAUGGUUCUGCUGAUCUUAUGAAGGUAGUUCCUGAUGAGCACAAGAAGUUCCUCGCCAAUUUGGUUUGGGUUCACGAAGAGGACGAUGUUCCUAUAAAAACUGAGGAAGGAAUCAAAACGUGCAAACUAAUCGCUGUUCAUGCUGGGCUGGAGAAAGACAAAGCUGUUGAAGAGCAGAUUAAAACGCUGAAAGCGAAGGACACAAGGAUACCUAAGGUUACCGCCCUUAGUGGAAGGAAGGACGUAUGGGAGAUUCCUCAG